AAUGGGGUUGUUAUUCUUUAUCUCAGUUCUCCAUGAAACAACAUAAAAACUGAUGUUUGACUGUGCAGAGGACACAAAAGAUACCGUCUUACAUUUUUUCCAGCCUCCAAAACUCCCAUUAAAGAUCAUGACAGCAAUUGCUUGUCAUAUUUUUAUUACAGCUGAAAGAUAAAGGAAAUAAUUGCAUUUUGACUGCACCCCACAAGAUUAUAUUAGCAAAAUGAUUGCUUCUUUGCAUGACUAAUUUUGAUUAAAUCAGCUUCAUUUAAAUACCAAAUUGUAUUCUUCACCUUCCUUCAUUAAGCUAUGGUAUUUCUGAAUGUUUAGAGCUCCAUUUUUAUAUGGUAAAAUGUGCAUUUCAGUGUAUUGUACAGGCUGUCAUUCAAUGAAAAAAUGGAAAGUGACAGAUUAUGGAAAGAGGUUAAAGUCACAUUUGGAAAUCAACAGGAAUAAAAUAAUGUUAAAAUAUAUAUUUCUAAAGACUAUGCAAACUAUAAAGAGAGCACGCUUGGUAACAGGAAAGCCCGUACUCGCCACAAAGGGUAGUAAGUGUGCCGCAUAUAUAGGAGCUGAAAAUUAACUGAAAAAAAAAAUAAUUUAUUAAGCUUCUAAAUCCUGAAAUGACAAAGAUUUUCAGUUUUUCUAUAACACCUUACAAAAUAUUUUACCUCCUUUUCUCAAAUAGAAUAUAGAAAAUAAUGUAUUCUUUCAUUUCAAAUAGCAUUAUGUUGAUUUAUAGCUAUUUAAAAAUAUUUUAUACAAUUCUGGCUGAAGUGACACAUGAAACGCGUCAUUUGCUCAGGCUGUAAAUUAUUCCCUCUGAAUUUGUCUUUUGACAAAUGAAGGUCUUCUUUAUUCAUCUGCUCAAAUCUCCAUAUGUUUGUGCAUCCCCAAAUAAAGUCCAUGGAUUUUAACAGGAUUAGUAGCCAAACUGGCUGUAUUUCUGUUCCUGGAGUGAUCCAUCUGGGGACCCAGCCAACAACAACAAAAAAGAGGCUUCCUAUUUGAUAAGGUUUUCUAAUCUAUUUUAAAGCAUUCAGCAAUACACGUGCUCUGCAAAGCUGAACUUCUCUGACAAAUAUUACCAAUCGUAUCAGGAAAACCAAGCACAAAGUCAGUGAAUCUUCACCGUGUUUCCCCUGUGCUGCAAGCACGUCGUGUGAAGGUUGUUAAAGGUUUUCGUUUUGCCUCUAGCUUUGUAAAAAGGGAACUUGAAGCUGAAAUAGUUAUGCUUUCAUUUAGCCACUGUUCAGUGUAACACAUUAAUUUUGAAACUCCAUGUUUAUACUAUUGUUUCUGAAUUACUUUCUGCUUCAGGCUGGUAUUACAACUCUUAGUGUUGUCAUGCAAAUGAUUUUUUAAGUCAAAAGAACUCCACUGUUAUAAUGACAAUUAUCCAAACUUUUACAAUAGCAUCUGUACGAGGAACACACAGGAACACACUAGUUAUUCUCUUCUGAUAUUUUUCGCUCUCUGGAGGUUAACACAGUGCACAUAGAAAAUUCAGAUUCCCUUUUAUAGUCUGUGUGGAAAUCUAUGAUUUUGUCAAGCACUCCCUGAAGAUGUCACCUUCUGUCAGCAUGUCGUUCAGGGCAAGCAUGUGGGCUCUUUGCCACACAGGGUUCACCUCUGAGUCUCAUUGCAAGAUCAAGGUCAGAAAAGGUCUCGGUACAACCACUGAAAUAAUUUUGUUAUCCAUUUCAAAACAGAGGUGAGGAGAUACAAAUGCUCAGCUCCUUUCAGAGCCGAACAGGCAGCAGCCAGGGGAGCGAAUGGGUUGUGACGGGGUGCUGUUUGUUUGAGUUGGAAGUGAAUGGUUAUGCCUGUGCUGCAUUUUGAGUCCUGGCUCUGGAAGGCUGAUGAAUUAAUACUCCUGCUGCGGGCAGCCUUGGCAAGGCCGUAGCUGGAGUACUACGAUGUCCAGUUCAGAGCAGUGCCUUCCAAAACCGAUGCGGCCCCUUUGGCAGGAGCCCAGGGGCAGGCUACAGGAAUCGCCAGGGGGCUGAGGAAGACGACCAAAAGGCAGAGAGACAGGGCUGCGGGGCCUGGAGGUGAGAGGCUAGCAUAAAAGCAAGAAUCCAGCGCCUUCAAAUAAAAAGAAGCUGGAAAAAAAGGAAAAAAAAAAAAAAAGAGGGGGUGUGGGGGGAUAAGACAAGUAAGAGGCUAAUCCUGCAAAAGUAGACAUCUAAUCAGACAGCAUGAAAGCCUUUCCAAAGGACAAGGCCACGGAGCAGUGGAGCAGAUCACCAUCACCAGGGCUUUUCGAGGACAGCCCAGGCAAGCCCCGGUAAGGACCAGCCUCGUCCUCGCCUCGGUGUGCGGGACGGGACGGGACGGGACGGGACGGGACGGGACGGGGAACCCGCAGCGCCCGGGGCCAGGGCCGGGCCGAGCGGGGCGGGGAGGCCUCAGCGCCGGUUCCCUCUUCGCCCGCCGUGUGAUUGGCGGCGGCUCCGGAGCUGCCUCCCGCCGGCCAUGGAGCCUCCCGCCCGGCCCCCGGCCCGCUCCGCUUCCCGCUGAGAGGAAAGCACCUGCGCGGAGCCGGGCCGCGGCCCCGCCGCUGCGGGCAUCGUUACGAUGGCAUAUUUGAGUUUUUGCAGCAGUUAGAGGAAGAUUUUUUGUAAAAAACGUUAUCUGAAAAAGAUGUUCAUGCAUCGCUGUAACUUAACUUUACUCAGCUUGUGCGAGUGCAUCCGACCAACGCUGCCUUCCUCUCCCAGGCUCUUGAUUUCUUCUGGCAUGGAGUUGGGGGAUUAUGAACAGCCUGUUGUUAUGAGAGAGGAAAACAAACGAAGGAGAAGAAGAAUGAAACCUUAUUGUACAUCGAGUAAUUUGUCUUCAAUGGAACUGAUAGCCAUUGAGUUCAUUUUACCUACAAGCAAUAAACAUACUAAAAUACCGGAAAUGAUGUUACUCGAAAUAGCUGGAAACUGUACAGUUGAGCAAAUGAAAGCACAGAUUUGGAUGCGUGCAAUAGAGAUGAGCCAAACCACAGACUUCUACCAUGCAUUCACCCCGGAUCAGUUCAUUCUCCAGUAUCAGAAGAAGGGGCAAUGGUAUGAAAUUUAUGAUAAGCAUCAAGUAUUACAGACCUUAGACUGCAUACUGUACUGGAAAGUGUUACAGAAGAAGGUAGGCAAGAUAUACGUUGUCCAGAAACAAAAACCAUCAGAAGAAGUUCAGGAAUUUCAGCGGCAGCUUAACAAUUUAAUUGGGUAUGAUGUUACCGAUGUGAGCAAUGUGCAUGAUGAUGAACUAGAAUUUACCCGCCGCAGAUUAGUCACUCCACGAAUGAUAGAGGUAGCCUGUAGGGAUCCUAAAUUGUAUGCGAUGCACCCAUGGACUACAUCUAAGCCACUCCCAGAAUAUUUGUUUAAGAAGAUCACUAAUAAUAACAUUUUCAUAAUCAUACAUAGAGGAACAACUAGCCAAAAAAUUAAAGUGUCAAUAGAUGACACUCCAGAUAUGAUUCUCCAUAGCUUUUUCACAAAAAUGGCAAAGAAGAAAUCUUUGAUGGAUAUUCCUGAAGAUCACAGCGAAUUGGAUUUCGUUCUCAGGAUUUGUGGCAGGGAUGAGUACAUUACUGGAGAGACACCAAUCAAAGAUUUUCACUGGAUAAGACAAUGCCUUAAGAAUGGGGAAGAAAUCCACUUGGUGUUAGACAACCCCCCCGACCCAAGCGAGGAUGAGGUUCAGAAGGAGGAGUGGCCAUUGGUGGAUGACUGUACAGGAGUUACAGGGUAUCAUGAGCAAUUGACGAUAGACGGAAAAGAUCACGAGAGGGUCUUCACUAUCUCUUUGUGGGAUUGUAACAGGAAAUUUAGGGUGAAAAUAAUUGGCAUUGAUAUCCCAGUUUUACCAAGAAAUACUGAUCUUACGGUGUUUGUUGAGGCUAACAUUCAACACGGGCAACAGCUCCUUUCGCAGAGGAGGACUUCCUCGAAGCCUUUUACUGAGGAGGUUCUGUGGAAUAUCUGGUUGGAGUUUGAUAUCAAAAUCAAGGAUUUGCCUAAGGGAGCACUCCUGAAUCUUCAGAUAUACUGUGGUAAAGCACAGGGAUUGUCCACAAAGACGAAUCUUCAGUCUCAUGACUCCCCCAACUCCGAUUCGAAAUGCAAAACCCAGCUUCUCUAUUAUGUAAAUCUUCUGCUGAUAGAUCACCGUUUCCUGCUACGAAGCGGGGAGUAUGUGCUCCACAUGUGGAAAAUCCCAGGCAAGGGGGAAGAACAAGGAAGUAUCAAUGCAGACAAACUCACAUCGGCAACUAAUCCAGAUAAAGAAAACUCCAUGGCCAUCUCUAUUGUGCUGGACAAGUAUUGUCACCCAAUUGCCUUGCCCAAGCACAGGAUAACAUCUGACUCCCAAGGGGACAGGACUCGAGCUGAAAUGCCCAACCAGCUUCGCAAGCAACUUGAAGAGAUCAUCGCAACUGACCCACUUAACCCACUUUCUCCGGAGGACAAAGAACUGUUGUGGCACUUUAGAUACGAAAGCAUAAAGCACCCCAAGGCGUAUCCUAAGCUGCUUAGCUCUGUCAAAUGGGGACAACAAGAAAUAGUGGCCAAAACGUACCAGUUGCUAGCUAAAAAGGAGGCGUGGGAUCAAAGCACUUUAGAUGUUGGACUCACAAUGCAACUUCUGGACUGUAACUUUUCUGAUGAAAAUGUACGAGCAAUGGCAGUUCAAAAACUGGAAAGUUUAGAAGAUGAUGAUGUUCUUCAUUAUCUUUUGCAACUUGUGCAGGCUGUGAAAUUUGAGCCGUAUCAUGACAGUGCAUUAGCUAGAUUUCUGCUAAAACGGGGUUUGAGAAACAAAAGAAUCGGUCACUUCUUGUUUUGGUUUUUAAGAAGCGAGAUUGCCCAGUCCAUGCACUACCAACAGAGAUUCGCUGUGAUCCUAGAAGCCUAUCUUAGGGGCUGUGGAAAAGCAAUGCUACAUGAUUUCAUGAAACAGGUUCAAGUAAUUGAAUUGCUGCAUAAAGUCACAAUGGAGAUAAAAUCGGUUUCUGCAGAAAAAUAUGAUGUCACUUCUCAAGUUAUUGCACAGCUUAGACAAAAGCUUGAAAAACUACAGAGCAGCAAACUUCCAGAAAGUUUUAGAGUCCCAUAUGAUCCUGGGCUAAGAGCAGGAGCCCUAGUGAUAGAAAAAUGUAAAGUAAUGGCAUCUAAGAAGAAGCCCCUGUGGCUUGAGUUUAAAUGUGCAGAUCCAACCGCUCUAUCGAAUGAAACCAUAGGCAUCAUCUUCAAACAUGGAGAUGACCUCCGCCAGGACAUGCUUAUUUUACAGAUUCUUCGAAUUAUGGAAUCCAUUUGGGAAGCAGAAUCAUUGGACCUCUGUUUGCUACCAUAUGGCUGUAUUUCUACAGGGAACAAAAUAGGAAUGAUCGAAAUUGUGAAAGAUGCUACAACAAUUGCCAAAAUCCAGCAGAGUACAGUUGGUAAUACUGGUGCGUUUAAGGAUGAAAUACUAAACCAGUGGCUGAAGGAAAGAUGCGUCAUUGAGGAGAAGUUUCAGGCAGCUGUGGAAAGGUUUGUUUAUUCCUGUGCUGGAUACUGUGUGGCAACCUUUGUACUUGGAAUAGGAGACAGGCACAACGAUAACAUUAUGAUUACAGAAACCGGUAACCUUUUUCAUAUCGAUUUCGGCCAUAUUCUUGGGAAUUAUAAAAGCUUCCUUGGAAUUAAUAAGGAAAGAGUUCCUUUUGUGCUGACUCCAGAUUUUCUGUUUGUCAUGGGGACUUCCGGAAAGAAGACAAGUCUCCAUUUCCACAAAUUUCAGGACGUAUGCGUGAAGGCUUAUUUAGCUCUUCGACACCACACAAACCUGCUGAUCAUCCUGUUCUCCAUGAUGCUAAUGACUGGAAUGCCCCAGUUAACCAGCAAAGAGGAUAUCGAAUAUAUCCGGGAUGCACUGACAGUAGGGAAAAGCGAAGAAGAUGCCAAAAAGCAUUUUCUUGAUCAGAUAGAGGUUUGCAGAGAUAAGGGCUGGACUGUGCAAUUUAACUGGUUUUUACAUCUUGUGCUUGGAAUCAAGCAAGGAGUAGAAAAGCAUUCUGCUUAACAUUUUAUGUAAAUCAGCUGUAGGUGUGAAUAGGAAGUUAGCAAAUCUACAUGUUAUUAUUUAUGCAUUCCGAAUAAAUGAGCAGUCGAAACUGCCUUUACUUGGCUGGCAGCUUAAAUGGAUCUUCAAAAAGGCAGGGGCUUUUGCUUUGCUGCUCCAGAAGAUCUUCCUGCAGUGAAGAUCUUCUUUUUUCCUGAAUGUCUAAUGACGUUUCAAGUUGCUGGAUUCUGUUACCUAGCUGCUUUGCUGAUGUGGCCUGCAAUUUUUUUUUUCUUUAGUAGUAGUGAAGGAGGAGUUUGAAUAAGAUGAUAACCUGCAAACUCAAAUAGAAAUUUUCUGUGGCAUUACCUUAAUUGUUCAUGAGGGUCAAGCCCUUCAAAUGGGGAAAAAAGAGUCUAUUUAAAAUACAUUGAAAUGCCUGUAGGAAAUGUAUUUCUUUCUCAGGAUGGUUUACACUCAAGUGUUCUUCACCCACGUCACUCCCCUUUGUCCCUUUCCUAACUUUUUGUUGUUUUGGGAUUUUUAAUGUGUCGUCAGUAGGAAACAGCUUUGAUUCUACUGCUAGAAGAAAUUACCUUACUGUUAUUUUAGCCUCCUGACAUACACAACUGAGCGUGACUGUCGCUCGAGGAGAACUUCAGAGUUCCCUGGAGGCUCCUCAGGUUUGAACCUGAAAUUCUGAAGGUUUAUUUUUGGAAGUUUUUUUUACUGUAUUUUUUUAAUGGGGAAGGUCCAUAUUAUAUUACAGAUCAUAUUCUUACUGUAAAUUUACUAAAAUUCCAUCUGUAUAGUAAAAGCUUUAUAGAAAAAGCAAUGGUACUUCCUUACUUCUCAGAGAAAAGUCCUUACAUAAGAGUAAUCGACAUUUUACCAAAUAUUCGAGAAACCCAAAGUUAUUUAUUCUUUGGAGAUAUAUUUUCAGGAUAUACCCAUAAGGAAUUAAAUAUAAUCUUUGAAAUUGUGUAUAUUUUGCUAUUUAUUUUUAAAUUCUUGAAGAGACUAUACUACUGAGAAGCUAUUUAUGAAAGAAAAAAAAAUCCUUAUCUUUAAUUUCAAUAUUUAAACUUUAAAGAGGAAAAAGUGGGCAGUGUUAAGUAGAAUUUUAACUUGUGUGCUGUAGGAUACCUGCAAAUCAUGUGGUCUGCCUACGGUAGGAAUAAAAAUAGCAUGAGUUAGUCUUUGACUUCAAUUAUUAUAGUAUACUUCCUCCUAAUUGAUUUUUACCAAAGAGAGAAGAUGGCUUACAAUAUUGCUUUUUUGCACUUGUGCCUGUGUAAUUUCUUCUUUCAUAGUAGUUUUACAUGGGUUUUACAUUACAUUUACGUGAUUAACUGAAUUCUGUAAUUCUGUUAUCAUUUGCUUCGAUAGUUUCACAGAACUGUUAAGAUUUUAACUACUGCUGCCACUAUUACUACUGAGUGUAUUCUGGAAGGAUUUUUAAUAAAUGUACUGUAAUUGGUGUCUCUGUCAUGAGACACAGGCAACCUAUUUUUGAAAUAUAGAUGUUUAGUUGGUUACUGUGCACAGCAAUAUUUUUGAUGUAUAUGAUAGACUUAGUUAAGGAAAUCUAAAAAGUUAAAAUGUAGAAUAUUUUAUUGUUCUAUUAUCAUUCUCUACAAGAUAGGCUUAAGAACAUACUAAAAUAUAAAUGAAAUGGUGAAUAUUGUCUGUAAAAUGAUAUUUUUAGAUUUGUAUUUUGUAGAUCUGAAAUAAAUUGACAUGUUCUAUUCA